GAGAGAGAGAGAGACAACGUCAAGGCAAGUUUAGACAGACGGAGUUAACCAGAAGAGAGAGAGAGAGGGAAAAAGACCUUAAACAUGCAUGCCUGAGUGACAUGGACACAGUCAAAUCCAGUCAUCCAUCAAAAGGACCGGAACUGGGUGACGCAAUGGCCCCUGAGGAAACUGCCCCUGUCAGGGCUGAGAGACAGCGGGAGGAAGACACGCCGGAUGGAAUUGUUGCAGUAACAUCAGCCAGCCAGAGGAUGGCGCAAGACAGACACAGAUAUCACACCAUAGGCCAUCAACAGCUUGGCAAUCCAAAGAAAAGCAGAGGAAUUGACUUUUCAACAGUGAGGGGAACAUCGAGCAGUGGCAAGCCCAGAGGUGCAAUAAUGCAGGUGUUUUUUAGCCAGAAUGUCACACAGGAGGAUCGGACGGUUGGCGGUCAGGGGCAGGUGGACACACUGAAGCUGCUUCUUGACUAUUUUACGUUACCUUCUGACCUGACGUGGACAUGGGGAGCGGGAGGUACUGAAAGAAAGUUAAACCAGAGCUGGACCGACAUAGUCAAAUCACACGAGUCUAUGUUAAAAACCCAGCGACACCAGCAGGAGGCGAUGUGGGAAUUGAUUUCUACUGAGCUCACCUACAUCAACAAACUCACUAUAGCUAAAGAGCUCGUGCUGGGAGCCUUAUCACACUGUCAUAAAUAUGGAUUCCUACAAGAAGUCACCUCCACCAUGACUUUUUACAAUCUUCCUUCUAUCCUUGAUGCACAUAGACUCUUUUGGCAGGAAGUGAUGUAUCCCAUGUUACAGGAGGUCCGUCUCACUGGGCAGCCUUUUGACCCCCUGAAACUUGAGGCAGGAUGUUCGCAGUUUCCUGAACGUUUUCCUGCGUACUUUGAAUACUGUUGGGAAAAGGACAGAAAUGUGGAGUUUACACGCAGACUACUUGACACAAGUCCACAGUUUCACACCUACAUUUCGUGGGUUGAGAAUCAUCCGCAUUGUGGUCGCAUGAGACUGGGUGACAUGCAAGCCAAACCUCUCCAGAGGAUCACCAAGUACCCUCUUCUGCUGAAAGCUAUUCUAAAGAACACUGACGAUCUACCCACCCGAAAUGCACUUCAAAGAAUGUUGAACAGCGUUGAGCAUUUUCUGACAUCAAUCAACGACCAUUUACAACUUAAAGAGGAUGAACUGGGCCUUUCUGCUGUUGCUCAAAAGAUAGAGGGAUACAAGAUAGAGGGUCUGAGCGAAGAAAUAGACAAGCACAUUCAAGAGUUCUGCUGCUUUGAUUUGACAAGCCCCAUCAGGGGGGUGGGGCCAAAUAUCAUACGGAAGCAAAUACUGGACGAAACUUUGAAGGUCGGAGGAAGGAAGGACAGUAAGGAGCUUGUGGUCCUGCUCUUCACUGAUGUGUUGUUAAUGACCAAAACGCAGAAGAAAUCAGACAAGCUGAAGGUAGUGCGCCCCCCUCUGGCCCUGGAGAGAAUACACUGCAUUGAGCUCAAAGAUGGCUAUUCAUUUGUGCUGGUGGAGGUUGGUGAUCUAUGUUGUGCUGUCAGUGUGUACUGUCUGUCAACGCACAGUCCAGACAGCUGCUCGACAUGGGUGUCUGCUCUGCGAGAAGCUCAGACAACAUUGGAUACCUUGAGGAAGAAUGAGGCAAACAAAACACAAAAGAACACAGAUGACACAGACUUGAGUGGAUCUCUCAAUCAAAACAAACUGAUCAAUAAAGUCAAAGAGGAGGAUUCUAACAGCCAAUCAGAAUCAGAAAGUGAUUCUCCUCCGUUGAAGCGAAUUGACAGCAUCUCUAUAAAUGGGACACAAACAAUAAGUAAUGUGGAGCAAAGUAAUGCUCAACAAGUGAUGGAGAAUAAAAGCUCUACACCGAUUGGUCAACAGAAUGGCCAGAGCCAAUCAGCUCAUGAAGGGUGGUUUACGGAAAAGAAGGAAAGUGGACUGAUUAAAUCAGAUGAAAGUGAGCCCUUAUUAAGGAAAUUUUCAGAAAGGCGAGUUACAUGGAAUCGUGGGCCACAGGCGUCUUUAUACCCAAAAGACAAUACAAAUCAGGACUUGUUGCCAGGUAAACAUACAGAGAAAAAUGGCCAAUCCAUACCAAUAACUUAUUUUUUAAAUGAACUCCCAAAUAAAACAGUAGAGCCAGACCCAGAUGAUGGAUCUCAAGACCAGUUAAUCAGAAAUGUGACUUUGUCUAGCAACUCUGGUGAGGAUUUUCUUUCAGAAUCAGGGAAUUUCAUCAGGAAGUUGGGGUCUCCUCGGUUGCGUAGGCAGCGUCCAAAUAAUCCACAACCCUCUGUCCCACUCGACAGCGGAAAAGAACCUGAAUCUAAUACAACCCCUGAUACCAGCCAGAAAACAGCAGCUACCGCUUCCAUCAAACCCCAAGAGACCCACAGAGUGCUAAAGCUGGGAUCUUUAAAGAACAACAAUGGAAUAUUCUGGUGUGAUACAGAGAAAAUAUCAUCACCAGAUCCACAGACCAUCUGGGAACCUGUGAAGAAACCGGAUGUUGACCUUGAAACUAAACCCAAACUAAAGACACAGAGGAGCGUCUCCGUCACAGAGAUCAGCUUCUCCCACGCAUCUUCUCUGUCUACACACAAAAAAGCUCCAGGCUACCAGGUUUCCUCUUCCCCUCUCCAGGACCUUCUGCAGAGAGCAAAGCAGCGGGAAAAGGAACAUAGACUGGGAAAAGAGGAAAAGGCUAAAGCGAGGAAUUUUUCUCUUCCCUCCAUCCCUCCCUCCUCGCCAUCACCCUCAGCCAGUGAAGGAGACAGAGAGGCAGAGGGUACCAUUACCACUUCUGCACAGAGAUGGACACAAAAUGAGAAGAAAGGGAGUAACAGCAUCCUAGAGGGAACGGGUGUGGAUUGGCCAGGCUGGUGCUUUGACGAUGAGGAGGUUUUUGAAUUUCAAGACUUUGAUGAUGAUGAUGACUUUCUUGAGCGAACACUGACUGCGCAUGAGCUCCAGAGGGCAGGACAUAAACCAUCAGAUAGACACGGUGAAGGAGAAUGCAGUGAGGUGUAGUUAGUUACAAACAUGUUUUCCUUGUAAAUGUGAGCAAAUUUGUGUAUAAACUAGUGUAUAAAUGUUUGGAGACGCAUAUUGUUCUGUUCUUUUAUAUUUAUUAGUAUAAAAUUAAUACAGUAUAUUCAUUAUGAGUGAUACUGUAUCUACAGCAUUUAUCUGUAGCUUUUUUAUGUAAGAUUGAUUGACAUUUUGUUCAUAGGUAAAAUAAUGUAUUUGUAUAUUAUUUGUAUAGUAAGUAAUAAUAAGUUUAUAAUUG